GCCACCACUGCCGCUCUACGAGGUGUUACAACGGUUUCCCAAACCCUUUUUACCACUGUGACGCGGUAAAAAUGUGAAAUGUGCCGUUGACUCAUAGUGGAAAGAAUUUGGUGCAGCAAGUUGUCGAGAAGAAAAAAAAAACAACACAAAAGUCGAUUCUAAUACCAAGUUUGGAAGUGUUGGGUAAAAGAACGCAACCGUGACCCCAAAACAUGACGCUCCCAACGUACAACGUCUUCCGGCCCUUUGCCAUCUUUGCCGGUGUGUUUAGCAUUUGCCAAUCGCUCAUAUGGAUCGGAUUUGCGAUUACCGGCAUCAUCGCCUAUUACUGCGAUAUCGACUUUUCCAGCCAAACGGAUACGAUGGGAUCGCUACUAACGUUAACAUUCUUUAACGUGUACUUUCGCGGUACUUGCGAACAGGUCGAUAUUCCACCGAUUGAUAUGACACUGGUAGACCCGUUAAAUCUGAUGCCUGCCGGAGAUGUGCAUGCGUUCGUGUGGGUCUAUCUAAUCAUACAUCUGUUCUGGGGCAUCAGUUCGCUGACGCUACUCACAAAUGCGCGGCAAAAGUAUGUGCGAUAUAUAAACGUGUUCCUGUACAUAUGGAUCAUCAUUACCAUGAUCAUCAGUGUUCUGGAUCUGGCGUUAGGCAUACUGUUCGCCAUCGAUUACGAUACGAUACUGCACGCGCUGUACGAGUAUCCUUUCGGCGAGGGACAGGUGCUCCCGGGGGUGCAGGUGCUCGCUACCGCAGUCCACGUAUCCGGCAUUAUGAUGGUGAUGGCGUUCCGUGGUUGGGUGUUCUGGAUUGCCAAUGUUUCGCUCGCGAUCUUCAUGUUUACGCAAACCUUUAAGAUAUACGACUACAACCAGAUGCGCCGCAAGCAAAGCGGCGGCACGGCGAAUGGAGGUUACGUACCGGAGGGUGAUACGAUGCGACGUCCACCUAUCGAUGCUUACGAUAUGAAUCAACCACGACCGCAAACGUUUGCACAACCGGUCACCACCGCCGAAUACCGAAGACCGCUGGAACGCAUCAGCGAAGGUCCAAUUGCGGUUGAAUCGCCCGUACCACCCCAACCGGACUGGAGCCAACAACGUUCGUUCGAGCCGAAACCAACCGUGGUGAUCAACCGUACGCUGGAACCGCUGGCAAGACCACAAUCGAACGAGCCGGAAGAGCGUAUGGACAAUCGGCCAAUUCCGCCACCACCACCACCAAAGAACUUCAUGAACACGGUCGUCCGGCGGGAUGUGGCCGCGGCUAAGGUGGCGCGCGAGCUCAACUAUCGUAACAGCUUCAACGUGAACAACAGCGGUAUUGCGGCGGUUAAUUUACGUCCGACCGGGUUGAACCUUACCAACCCGGGACCGCUGAACAGUGAGCCGGACCUACCGACGCCCAACUACAGUCCACCGAUGCCCCGAACGAAUCCGUUCGAAAACCGGCCACCGUUACGAUCGGUCUUGCGAAAUUCUAGAUUCCAGUAGUAGUGUUAAGAACCGGCAGGUGCUGCCACGUGCCAUCAUCUUCAAUGUAAGCUUCCAUGCACAACCCACUAGUCGAUAGAUAGAAAUAAAGAAUAAAGCAGCUACCUCGUUUCCAUCCUAUGUGCCACAUACCAACACCAAGCUGGCCUAAUUAAAAAAGGGAAAAUAUUGACAUAAUGUUCAACCGAUAAUAUUCUUCCCUUGUUCGUUCAAACCAACACUAUCAAAACUCAACAAUGUUUCUACUGAUCAGUCGUGUCAGCUUGAUUUAGGCCUGGGGCGCUAACGUAUAUGUAGUUCACGCGGGUCAAUGUCACCGAUCGCGCAUCGCACUGAUAACGUUCGUCGCACAAGUUUAACCCCUUCAGCGAUCGCGAGCAAUGCGUAAAAGUAACAGUUUGGGAAUCGCAAUGUUUAUAGACAUUUAAACCCAUUGAUUUGUGCCCAAGUUUAACUAUGUUUGUUGUACAAUUUUUCAAUUGACGUAGGACAAUCAUUCAUAGGAUGCAUAAUCGAACACGUUUCGGAAGUGCGACAAUACGGCAUAUCAUCUCUGUACCACAACUGAUAAAAA